GCGGAACGUCAGGUCAGAGUGAUUGUUUAGGCUUGAGGUUUGUAAAACUCACUGAGAAUAAGUUAAAUUCUGAUGACUUCUGAGAACGGUCGCGCCAUUUUUCGAGUCAUUUUUGAUGGAGCUGAACAAAUCGCUCGAGGAGGUCAAGGACGCCGGCGUGACGGAGGAGACCAUCGCGACGGCGCCCACUGUAGACGCAGCGUCGGCUGCCCGCCCGCUCUUCGACGAGUUCUACGACGACUGGGCGUCCUUUGAUGCUGCGAUCGCGCGCGCCACGGCGGCGUACCACCCGAUCCGCAAGCGCUCGUCACUGACCUUUGAGGUGUACAACCGCACAGUAUCGAAAGGCAAGCACGACCGCAAGAACAUUGCCGAGUUCCUGUCCAAAACCUUUAAAUGCACGCACGGCAUUAAAUUCCGCUCGCGAGGCAGCGGCAAGCGGAUGCGGCAUAAGUUGCGUGAUAUCGGGUGCCCGUUCCACGUCUACGCGUCUGCAGUGGAGUACGGCCCCACGUAUCGCGUCAAGGUGCGGACGCAUGAUAAGCACAACCACCCUAUUGGUCCUGACUCCAUGAAGAUGAUGAGCGGUGCGUUGCACGAGUCGGAUUAUGAACUGGCGACGCAUGAUGGAGACAAUGAAGCACCGACACAACAGAUCGCCGAGUCUGCUGCGACAAACACUCAUGUGCAUCAGAUUGAGCACGUGAUGUCAUCUGAAAGCGCGGCGGAGGCGGCGCAAGCGGCGUAUGAACGACAGAUGAGGGAACAAUUGGCGGAGGCCGAGGCCCAAGUACGCGCUCAAGCUCAGGCCCAUGCUCAAGCGCAAGCAGAAGCUCAGGCACAGGCUGAAGCUCAAUCACAGGCAUACCAAUAUGCCCAAGCACAAGCACUGCUUAAGGCUCAGGCGGAAGUCCAGGCAAUGACAGAUGCUCAAGUGCAAGCCCGAGCGCAGGCGAUUUUGCAGGUUCAGCAUAACCACACACAAGGACAACCUCAAUCUGUUGAUGCUGCAGAUAUUCUGAGCGCAAGUGGUCACGGUAGCGAACUGUUAGAUGGAGCAAUUGACAGUACCAUGGGUGAAGAUGUUUUCUCCGGUUCUUCGGCUGCGCAGACGACGACUACUGACGUCGCAGUCGCUGCCAAUACCAAUAUCCAAGAUACUACUGCUGCCAAUAUUCAUGCACCAGCAAAGUUUGAGGAGACGAUGACUCUUGAGUCACUUCGCAAACGUAUCGCGGACUUUGCGGAUGAACGCGACUGGAAUGAGUUCCAUACGCCUCGCAACUUGCUGUUGGCUCUUAACGGCGAGGUGGGUGAGCUUUGUGAGAUCUUCCAAUGGAAGGGUGAGGUUAAGAACACGGCGGGUAAGCAACGAGGCGAUGUCUCCAUUGAGGGUCUUCUGGUGCACUUAACUGAUGUUGUGUGCUUUUGCGUCAUGGCAGAUUGGUCCGCGCGAGACAAGGAGCACCUUGGCGAGGAGAUUAGUGAUGUGCUGAUCUACCUGGUACGACUUGCCGACAAGUGCGACGUAAACUUACCCGCCGCUGUCAACGACAAGAUUGCAAAGAAUGCGAGGAAAUAUCCUGCCGACCUGGUGAGAGGAUCAUCGAAGAAGUACAACGAGUACAAGCGAAUGCGUAUAACUGAGGAAUCAACCUUGUAGAGCGACAAGAAAUGUAAAGGUGGGAAACUCCGGCCUCUUGAGUAAAUCUGGGUUUCAAUUGUGCGUUGAAGCGAAUGCACUCAAGAUGACCAUGAUGUAUAUAAAAGCAGCGAAUUCACCACCACAAGGGUGCGCAGUGCAUUCAGCUGUAUUGAGUGUGCACGCAAAGCGCAUCCAUCUAAUCUGUUACAGGCGAACCAACCGGCCUCAAGGGUAGCCACGCUAGACGGGAGAGCGCGCCAGGAAGCUUGCAGCACACGAUAUCGUCAAGCUUAAAGAAAGCAUCCCAGCGUCGUCCAUCCAUGCCGAAUCGGUGCUCGCUAACGCUGUCUGCGCUGUGCCUGUCUAAUCCUCCGGAGCGUCGCCGUCGACCAUGCGGCUCUCGUUCUCGAGCUUCUCAAUCAUCUGCAG